ACAAGUACACAGAGCACAAACGAUAUAUAAGCUCAUUGCCCAGGUCCUUACUCACAGUGGAAACACAGACUGUAUCCUAUCACAAUGUUCAAACUGGUAGCAUUCUUAGCCUUAGUUGCCGUGGCCAGCGCGGGGGUCAUCGCCCCCCUCGUCCCAGUGGCCCACGUAGCCCACCCGGUGGUACCAGUCGUCCACCCGGUUGUCCACCGGCCAGCCCACAUAGUCCACGCGCCGAUCGUGCCGGUUGUGAAGCAUGCGCCGAUCCUACACGCCGCACCUAUAGUGCCGAUUGUUAAGCACGCGCCGAUUGUGGCCGUACAUCAUUGAUGAUAUUAAAUACUUGACUGUUUA